AUGCCUGGAUUUGGUCAGGCCUGCGCCUUGGUAUGGUCAGGUGUGCGCCUUGAUAUGGCCAGGCCUGCGCCUGGAUAUGGUCAGGCCGGCGCCUUGGUAUGGUCAGGCCUGAGCCUGGAUAUGGUCAGGCCUGCGCCUGGAUAUGGUCAGGCCGGCGCCUUGGUAUGUUCAGGCCUUGGCCUGGAUAUGGUCAGGCCUGCGCCUGGAUAUGGUCAGGCCGGCGCCUUGGUAUGGUCAGGCCUGAGCCUGGAUAUGGUCAGGCCUGCGCCUGGAUAUGGUCAGGCCGGCGCCUUGGUAUGGUCAGGCCUGAGCCUGGAUAUGGUCAGGCCUGCGCCUGGAUAUGGUCAGGCCGGCGCCUUGGUAUGGUCAGGCCUGAGCCUGGAUAUGGUCAGGCCUGCGCCUGGAUAUGGUCAGGCCGGCGCCUGGAUAUGGUCUGGCCUGCGCCUGGAUAUGGUCAGCCUGAGCCUGGAUAUAGUCAGGCCUGCGCCUGGAUAUGGUCAGGCCUGA